AUGGACUUAUCUCACCCAGUAUAUCCUUUUGCUGUUGUGUCGGCGAAUAAUCUUGAAGAACUUUCCAUAAGUUUUAUGCUGGUCAAAAAUCCGGCUCGAUGUAGGCCAAAUGAAGAAGCUGAUAAAUUGAGUUAUAAAUGUUUCUCUGUAAAUUGGUACCAGCAUAAUAAUCCAUCAAUAAGAUUUGCUCUGCGGAUGGUAAUAAUGAGAGGUAAUAAGAGUACAAAAAUGAGCGCAAGAAAAAUUUUGGAAUUGAGUUUUGCUACAUGUGCAGCUCCUCAGGAGAACAAAUAUGUCAGUUGUGUGGUGUAUAAAUAUCACAUUCGUGAAAGAACAAAAACUACUGAUGUUGCAGAACGUAUAGCAAGGCUCAAGUGGCAAUGGGUCGGACAUAUUGCCCGAGAUAAUCCCGAAAAAUGGACACAGAGACUAACAAACUGGACACCAAGAGAGAAUAGGCGAGGAGUAGGCAGACCGCAGAAAAGCUGGGCAGAUGAUAUCAAAAAAAGAAUGUGUGUGUACUUUGUACGCACGUAAGAAGAUAUUCUUCUAUUAUAUAAUAGGUAAUUUAAACGAAGUAAAUAUACUUAAAAGGUUA